AUGGGUAAUAGUGCUUCUACGAACCAUCUUAGUGACAAAGCCCUUCGCAAAAAGCUGACGGGUCUUGCGGAGGAGAUUGCUUCAAGUUCAGAGCAUCAGGCGACAUUGCAGUGGGGCAAAUACACCCGAUGGGCGGGGGGGCUGCCUGCUUCCAAGCUUUACUGCAAACUUGUUCUUGUGGAUCAACUGGGUCGCUCGCUGAACCCACAAGUCUUGGAGUGCACGCAACGACCAGAGUCGGUUGGAGAUUUAGGACAGCUCUCGGACGAAGCCUCGAAAGCACUCAUGGGGCUGAUCUCGCAAAGGCACGAGGGAGACGACCAAUACGUUGUUCUUCCCAAACCUUCCGGUUUGACGAAGGAGAUGGUAAUGCUUGCGAACGGGACGAGGGAUUCAGGCUCCCCGCUGUCCAUUUUGCGAGGAACCGAAAGCACUCUUCUGCGCUCCAUUUUUGAAUACAGUGCCACAAGCGAGUACAAAUUUGGUCCAUGGGCUUCAGUUUUCAAUGUAAAGGACAUCAUUGGAGUCUUUUGGCUAGUGGGUGAGUUGGAAGCUCGUCAUAGUUUUCAAGAAGUCUCGUCGUGGACCCCCGGUUUGUGGGAGCUGCACUUCCGGCCAAGAGGCAGCGUGGCAAAUCUGGUUCGCUUGGUUCAUGGUUUGCCAGCUUGUUAUAGGAUUGCUGGAAAGGUAUAUGAGUUCUCUGGACCCAAGAAGAGAACAGCGAGUAGACGGGGAAGGCUAUUCGACCAAGCCGACAACGACGUCCUCGCAAGAGAAGGGGACUGA